AUGGCAAAACAAGUCUACUUUAUCGCUGGUGCUUCUCGUGGAAUUGGUCUUAACUUGGCUACUUACUUAAGUAAGAAACCAGAUAAUGUGGUAAUUGCAACCGCUAGAAAUCCUUCUACUGCCUCUGAAUUGAAGGAAUUGAGCCAAAAGGCUGAAAAUGUUCACGUUAUGACUUUGGACUUGAACGAUGAAAAGACAUUCGAAACCGCCAAAGCUGAGGUGUUGAAAGUUUCGGACUCAAUUGAUGUGUUCAUUUGCAACGCAGGUAUAUGUGAUGCUCAUACCCCAAUUGUAAAAACUCCCAAGGAAAAGUUCCUCACUCACUAUAUCACCAACUCUCUUGGGCCAAUUCUUUUGUUCCAGGCUUUUUACGAAUUGGUGAAGAAAAGUUCCCAGAAAAAGGUGGUUUUCGUCUCAAGUGUUUCUGGAACUGUGAGCGAGUUUCCCCAAUACAGUAGCUCUGCCUACGGUCAAUCCAAGGCUGCACUUAACCACAGUGUUAGACAACUUGGGCGUGAACUUGCAGAAGAGGAGUUUACUGUAGUUUCCGUCAACCCAGGGUUGGUCGGUACCGAAAUGGUAAUUAAUGCCAAGGACGAAUUUUUAGCCAGUAACCCACACUUGGCAUCAGGUUUUGGUCCUGGGAAAUGGCUUACCCCAGAGGAAAGUGCUGAAAAGGUGGGUAUUGUAAUUGAAAAGCUCAAGAAGGAAGACUCAAACAAGUUCUGGAACUACGAUGGUACUGAGGUGCCGUGGUAA